CUUCCGGAGCUGCGCAAUGGGAGUCAGCUGACAGUAGUAACCAACCAGCGGGUGUAACAUAUCAACUGAAGAGACCCUGAACGGAGGAAAAAAACCUUCCUCUCUCUUUCCGUAUCAACGGCGGAGAACCGGACAGCCGUUGUCCCCUGAUACCCGGCCACGUCUUCCCGUCUUCCGCAGGAUGAGUGUCGGUGCUCCGAGAAGCCUGGCCAGCUCGGGGCAGAAGCCCAUCGCGGAGAUCCUCCACCCGCUAUCCGCAGCCGAGGAGCAGCUCUCCGUCACCGUCGGAGGGGACAAGGAAGCCGGGCUGACCAACGGCACGCCGGUUGAGACGUCAAGUCCCGCCUCCACGUCGUCGCUGUUGAACAGGCUGCAGCUGGACGACGACCUGGAAGCGGACAUCCGGGACCCCUACGCCGAGGCCGCAGAGACCCGGGACCUUUUUGUCACAGUCGACGACCCAAAGAAGCACGUGUCCACCAUGGAGACCUACAUCACCUACAGGGUCUCCACCAAGACAUCACGGGUAGAGUUCGACCUGCCGGAGUACUGCGUGCGACGGCGCUACCAGGACUUCGACUGGCUGCGGAUCAAGUUGGAGGACAGCCAGCCGACCCACCUCAUCCCUCCGCUGCCAGAGAAGUUCGUGAUGAAGGGCGUUGUGGAUCGUUUUUCAGAGGAUUUUGUGGAGACGAGGAUGAAAGCUCUGGACAAGUUCCUGAAGCGGGUCGCCGACCACCCCGUACUCUCCUUCAACCCUCACUUAAACACUUUCCUCACUACCAAGGACCUGAACAAGCGGCAGGGUCUGGCCCUGCUGAGCAAGGUGGGCGAGUCGGUGAAGCACGUGGCCGGAGGCUACAAGCUGCGGGCGCGGCCGGCCGAGUUCGGCGCCAUGGGCGAAUACCUGGACACCUUCAACCAGAAACUGGGAACCAUCGACCGCAUUGCCCAGAGGAUCCUCAAAGAGCAGUCGGAGUACCUGACGGAGCUUCGUGAGUACGGCACCGUGUACUCCAGCUGGGCGGGAUCAGAGGACGAGCUGCGGCGCCCCCUGGAGGGCGUGGGCGGCUGCGUGACGACGUGCUGCGGAGCGCUGGAGGACCUGGGUGACGGCAUGAGCCAGGACAUCCUGCCCGUACUCCGAGAGUACGUCCUCUACAUAGAGUCCAUGAAGAGCGUUUUGAGGAAGCGAGACCAGAGCCAGGCGGAGUACGAGGGCCGACUAGAAGCAGCCGUGUUACGCAAACAGGAGGACCGAACGCCAAUGCCGCUCGAGGUGGAGAAAUGCCAGGACAAAGUGGAGUGUUUCAACGCCGACCUGAAGGCCGACUGGGAGCGCUGGCAGAGCAACAAGAGACACGACUUCAAACAGCUUCUUACCGGCAUGGCCGACAAAAACAUCAACCACUAUGAAAAGUGCCAAGCAGCGUGGGAGUCCCUCAUAACUCUCCUCCAGGACAAACAGACUGAAGACAAAACGAGCGAGACGAACUGAAACAUCUCCUCCUGCCGAUGGUCUCUCUCUCUCCUCUCUCUCUCUCUCUCUCUCGCUCACACACUCUCAUGCCAAGGAAAAGGAACAACCAGGCUGCAGAUUAGAACUGCUGGACUUUGCCCCCUGUUCUCCAGUGAGAUGAUUGUACAGAGGGGAGCCAUCUCUCUCAGAGAUUUGACCUGCAAAGGAGGUAACAAAUGGUACAUUCUUGGACACUUGAGAGACUUGCUCUGUACAGACAUUUCCCUUUUUCUACUUCAUAUUUCCAUUUACAGUCGGUUGCCAAUGCUAGUGGUGUUUUUAUUUAGCCGCGUGCUCGCUCUCCAUGUUCGCAUUGAGCCAAAUGUGAAGGAUGACUCUUCGGCGACGAAUAAAACCGAUAAGAUCACAGGAUGUUGCGUGAGUGUGAAGUAUGAGGUCGUAUUCAGAGCAUCCUCGAGAUUUAGAUUUAUUCCCGUCAGGAUGUAAAACCCUUUUUUUAUGUAACACUCAAACAAUACUCAUGCAAUUCUCUUUCAUUUCCUAAAGGCACCAUAUUGGCUGUAAAUUAAAAUGCAACAUCUUAUACUUAA